CUUCUAAGAUUUUACAUUUAUUACUAUCUUCCUUAGUUUCCAUUUCAACGUUCACUGUUGAUCGAUCCUGGUUGUAGUCGUGUAUUUGUGUGUUGUAAGUUGUAAUCACAAGAAAGAGGUCCUAAUUUUCUUUUCUUCUUUUCUCAUAAGGAAAAGAACAGUGUGUUCCUAUUAAAGUCCAAAGACAAAAAGAGCAUUAGAAAAAGAAAAGAUGACGGAGAAGGUGACUGUGAGCAUAAGGGAGUCAACGAUGGUGAGGCCUGCCGAGGACUCGACUCCUCGGGGCUCGCUGUGGCUCUCCAACUCGGACCUAGCAUUCACACCCGUUCACACGUCCACUGUUUACUUUUACAGACCAAGUGGUGAUCUCAACUUCUUUGACCAGAGAGUGCUCAAGCAAGCGCUCAGCAAGGUCCUCGUGCCCUUCUACCCCAUGGCCGGUCGAUUCAAGCUAAACGACCAGAAUGGCCGUGGGGAGAUUGAUUGCAAUGCGGAGGGAGUGCUUUUUGUUGUGGCAGAGAGCAACUCUGUCCUUGAUGAUUUUGGCGAUUUUGUGCCCACUUCCGAUUUCCUUAAACUCAUCCCCGCCAUGGAUUACUCGGUUGGAGUAUCCUCAAAUCCCCUUUUGGUGUUACAGGUAACGUAUUUCAAAUGUGGUGGAGUGUCACUUUCAGUCGGAGUGGACCACCGAAUUGUGGAUGGGCCACCUAGUCUACACUUUAUAAAUACAUGGUCUGCUAUCGCUCGUGAUGAUCUUGAUCUCUCAAAUAUUGAACCACCCUUCAUGAACAGGAUGUUACUUCGUGCCCAAGAUCCACCUCAGCCAGCAUUUCCUCACGUUGAAUAUCAACCUUUUCCACAGAUGAAAUUAGCUUAUGAUCAUCUCAAAAGCACAAGUAAUACUACUACGUCCAUUUUUAGAUUUACGCGGGAGCAGCUUAACAUCUUGAAAGCCAACUCUGUGGAAGAUGACGGCGGGAAUAUUAAUACAAUCAAGUAUAGCACAUUUGAGGUGUUGGCAGGUCAUAUUUGGAGAUGUGCUUGCAAGGCACGUAAACUCCCAGAUGAUCAAGACACCAAACUACUCAUUCCCAUUGAUGGACGGUCGAGAUUACAACCCCCACUCCCACCCGGUUUCUUUGGCAAUGUCACUUUUAGAGCCGCACAAAUUGCUGCAGCAGGGGAUCUCCAGUCCAAACCAACAUGGUAUGCUGCAAGCUGUGUUCAUAAUGCUUUGGUGCAGAUUGAUGAUGAUUAUCUCAAAUCAGCCGUUGACUAUCUUGAGCUUCAUCGUCCUUGUGUUUCCCCACUUGUUAUGGGUCCUCUGUCGAUGAGGUGCCCGAAUCUUCGGGUAAACAGUUGGGUUAGGCUGCCGAUUCACGACGCUGAUUUUGGUUGGGGUCGGCCCACUUUCAUGGGGCCUGGCAAACAAUUUGACGGGAUGGCUUUGUUGUUACCAAGCGCAACUAAUGAUGGGAGCUUAUCACUGAUGAUUUCUCUGCAUUCUGACCACUUGAAAUCAUUUUCCAAGUUGUUGUAUGAUAUAUGAGGAAAUGCGAGGGUCGAAGAAAUUUGGUUCUGUCCGGUUUGAAUUGCUGUUAUUCCCUUCUUCUUUAUGGGUGUUCAAUUUUGAAUUUCUGUAUUGGUUCGUGCACGUUGCUUGAUUGAGUGUUGAAACUUUAUUUCGUAAGUGUGGUGGACUUCUUGUCCACAAUGCUGGUUGUGUUGUGUUGUGAUUCUUAAUAGAGGAUUCUCUUUCUCAUGAAAUAAAAAGAAUAUUGGAAUCGAAAGAGUAGGAAUCAUAAAUUCCUCGGGCUGGACUAGAUAUAUCUAUACUGGAAUUGCACGUCAGUACUUUCAACUGAUAAGGUUCAGUUGGAAAUCGAUACCAAUAUCAAGAUUGGCAGAGCUUUAAUCUGUUCUGGCCAUAGAGAGGCUUACUGGAUGGGCAUAAUUGAUAUUCUCUCAAUCUGGAUUGGACUAGAAAUGGCUGGAUUGACGAUUGCUGAUCUGGGGCUGCACCACAGUGUCUGCUUUGCUUGAUUAUGAAUUAACCAAGAGCUAUUUUGGCGAUUUUGAGGUUUUCAUAUUGUAAAAACCUGAAUUCUGUUUGAUCUGGCUUAUGCUGAGUCAAAUUUGUAACAAGAGAAGUCUUGUUUCCUUUGUGAAUUGUUU